AUGUUGACCGGCGAAAUGGUCCCUCUCAUUCAGCUAGCACUGUUUGUGAUUACUCUAGUCCCUCUUUUGAGAUGGCUCAAAAAAAGGCUGCAACUGCAGAGUGUGAUGGACAAAAUACCCGGUCCCAAGGCUUACCCAGUGAUUGGAACGAUGCAUUCCUUCAUAGGAAAAAAGUCCGAAGAAAUAUUCUACAUAAUUGAUCAACGCACCCGAACCUACCCGGGAAUUCAUCGCAUCUGGAACGGCUCGACACCGGAGGUACGCAUUAAUAAGGCAGAGUACGUGGAAAAGCUCAUCUCCUCCAGCCGGCACAUCGAGAAGUCAACGAUGUAUAAAUAUCUCUCGGCCUGGCUCGGUCAGGGUCUGCUAACCUCAAAAGAUGAUCGAUGGUUUCAGCACCGACGGCUUAUAACGCCCACGUUCCACUUCAACAUACUGGACGGGUUCUGUGAGGUGUUUGCGGAGCAUGGCCAGCUGCUGGUGGAGAAGCUGUCGGAAAGCGUCGCUAGUGGCAAGCAACCGAUCAACGUGUACCCGUUCAUCACGAAGGCAGCGCUGGAUAUCAUUUGCGAGACGGCAAUGGGUGUGAAGGUGAACGCACAAACUAGUGGCCAGGAUAAUCCGUACGUGGCGGCUGUGUAUGACUUGAGCGCAAUGAUUCAGCACCGCAUAGUAAGGCCCUGGCUUCAUCCGGACUUUAUCUGGAGUAGGUCGCGCGCUGGCCAACAGUACCACCGUGCCGUAGCGGAAGUGCACGGAUACUCGAGCAAAGUGAUACGAGAGCGUCGUGCCGAGUUGAAGCAACGGUCAGCGGCUGCAGGUAAGGUGGAAGAAAUCGAGGGUGGCCGGAAGCGCCGACUCGCCUUUCUGGAUAUGCUGCUCGAAAGCACCGAGCAGAGCAACCUGCUCAGUGACGAGGAUGUCCGGGAGGAGGUCGACACGUUUAUGUUCGAGGGACACGAUACGACAACCGCUGGCAUGUGUUGGGCGUUGUUUCUGCUCGCACUUCAUCCGGAAAUUCAGCAUCAGGUUCAGCAGGAAAUUGAUUCGAUCUUUGACGGUGACUCGGACCGGGCACCGUCGAUGCGGGACCUAAACGAGAUGAAGCUGCUCGAACGGUGCCUCAAGGAGACAUUGCGGCUGUACCCAUCUGUGUCCUUUUUCGGUCGCACACUGAGCGAAGACAUCCAGUUCGGCGGUUAUCACGUCCCGGCUGGUACGAUUGUCGGUGUGCAUGCGUACCACGUGCAUCGGGACGAGCGGUUCUUUCCCGAUGCGGAAAAAUUCGACCCGGACCGAUUCCUGCCGGAGCAGACGGAAACCCGACACCCGUACGCGUACAUCCCGUUCAGUGCGGGACCACGGAACUGCAUCGGUCAGAAGUUUGCAAUGCUCGAGGAGAAGAGCGUCGUAUCGUCCAUCUUGCGUCGGUUUACGGUCCGGUCGGCGAGGACACGCACGGAACAGUUGAUCCAGCACGAGCUCAUCACACGGCCGAAGGAUGGAAUUUCGUUGUACUUUGAGCCGAGAAGCGGUGUGAAGACUGGUAGGCAGGGCUAG